AUGGCCGAAUCGGUCGAGCUUCCGAGUCGCUUGGCGAUCCUUCCGUUCAGAAACAAGGUCCUCUUACCUGGCGCUAUCAUCAGAAUCCGUUGCACUUCCCCUAGCAGUGUGAAGUUGGUGGAACAAGAACUUUGGCAGAAAGAAGAGAAAGGGAUGAUUGGUAUCCUGCCUGUACAUGAUGCUCUUGAAAUUAAGGCAGCGGGUUCCACUGCAUCUCAAGGUGCAGGAGCCAAUACUCUAGAGCAAAGUUCAAAACUUCAGGACGGUUCAUCAGAUUCUCUCAAGCCUGAUACCAAAAAGCAGAACGGCGUUGUUCAUUGGCACAACAGGGGGUUGCUGCCCGACCAUUACAUUUAUCAAGGGGAGUGGAGAAACCAAGUGGAAGGGUCACAUAUACCAUUGUUGAAGACUGCAAAGAUAUCUUCCCUUGAGAUGACUAUGACUGAGAUGGAGCAAAUAGAGCAAGACCCAGAUUACAUAAUGUUGUCUCGCCAAUUCAAAGAAAUAGCAACGGAGCUUAUUUAUGUUCUGGAGCAGAAACAAAAAAAGCGGUGGAAGAACCAAAGUCCUUUUGGAUAA